UAUUGGCUGGGCUGGAUUUGAGGAUUGGGUUUGGGGGUUUGGUUGAGCUUUGGUUGGGAGAGGUCGAGGGGUAGAAGAAAGAUGGACGGAGGUCAAGAGCUGUGGUGCCGAGGAGUCCUAGGAGAGAACACUUGGAUGGUAUCGAGAAUGCGGGUGUAUUUGUUCAGUCGGUGCGGGAUGGGAGGGAGAUGCAACGGAGAGAGAAGCCAAUUCGAUUCAAAAGAGUUGUGUAAUUCUCUGGAUCUCAAUCCCAAAGUUGUUGCUUGUGUCCCGGCCAAAUCAUCCAAAGCCUCUCACAUCUCCAGCCAAAAUCCCAGGCCCCACGUACCUUUAUACCCUGUCUCCCCAUCUAAAUCCUCUCCCUGGUCCCAGUCAGCCCAGUCGAGCCCAUCCUCGCACCACAGUCCCCCAAACCGAAGUUCUUCCAUCAGCCCCCAAAUCCUCGGAUCUGUCGACAAUUACCGCAUCCGGAAAUGUGCUGCGAGAUUUGCGAUAGGCUUGGCGAUUAGCGGCUUAAAUGGGAUUAGAGAAAGCUAGGAUUAGGACUAGUGCUGGAAGGAGGCUGCGUAGGGCGGGAGGAGCGAUUGGGCAGCCCUGUCAAGUAAGUGGAUAGGAUUCGGUUGG